UGGGUUACAGACACCUCUGCUGGCGCCCUCUCUCGUCCCCGUCGCCAGCCCCCGCCUCCUUUCUCAGGAAGCUUGGGUCUCCCUGGGAGCGGGUCUGCCCUUGGGGGAGGCCUGUCGACUCGGCGCCCUGCAGCCCGACGGACAUUCGGGGCGGAUCGAAGAGGGGCUCGGCGCCCCCUGCGUGCACAUGUGCUAGCCCGGGCAGGAGGGAGCGCCUCCGCGGAGGAGUCCAGGAAGAGGGGGCAGGGAGAGGCGCUCCAGAACCUCGGUCCCGGGCGCCCUGGUCGGCCGCGGUGGAGCUGCAGCUUCCAACAGGCAGCCGCAUCGCCCCCAAGCCAGGCCUGCCUGGAGCGCUGCAUGCAAAUUCAGCUGCUGGCUAGGGCACACUAACGCGCGUUGUAGGCAUGGACUUCGUCAUGAAGCAGGCCCUUGGAGGGGCCACCAAGGACAUGGGGAAGAUGCUGGGCGGAGAGGAGGAGAAGGACCCUGACGCACAGAAGAAGGAAGAGGAGCGGCAGGAGGCACUUCGGCAGCAAGAGGAGGAACGCAAGGCCAAGCACGCCCGCAUGGAGGCCGAGCGUGAGAAGGUCCGGCAGCAGAUACGAGACAAGUAUGGGCUGAAGAAGAAGGAGGAGAAGGAAGCCGAGGAGAAGGCGGCCCUGGAGCAGCCCUGCGAGGGAAGCCUGACCCGGCCCAAGAAGGCCAUCCCGGCAGGCUGCGGGGACGAGGAGGAGGAGGAGGAGGAGAGCAUCCUGGACACGGUGCUCAAAUACCUGCCCGGGCCGCUGCAGGACAUGUUCAAGAAGUAACCGGCCCCCGCAACCCCCGGCCCCAUCCACUUGUUACUUUUCUUUUCUUUUUUUUUUUUUGGUUCUUUCUUUACUUUUUAUUCUGUUAAGUCUCAGUUCUGAAGGGGAAAACCUCAGUUGGCCUCUGCCCCACUUCCCCGGCCAGGGGCUCCUCCCCCUCAGCACUCCUUCAUGCCCUCCUUCAUCCAGGGUAUCCCGCCUCCAUCACCUCACUCUCAAGUUGCUUGAAAAGAAGAAGACAGCUUCUCUCCAACAGGAGGUGUUAAGCCCAAGGCGGGAGGCACUGGAGGCCCCCUCUGGAAGCCUGAGGUCUGUGCUGGUGUGGUGAUGCCCAUACAUUCCUUCAUGCGCCCCACUGCCAGGAGGACCACUGUCCCCAGCCAGCCAAAGUAAUGACACAUUCCAGCCCUGCCCAGCAUGCUGACCUUUGGCCUCUAAAUCCCUGUGGGCCUCCAGGUCAGGGCAGGGGUUGAGUGGCCUGGCUCUGAGAAAGGGAGUCAGGGUAAGUCUGGCCUGUCAGGGCCUAGCCUGAGGCUGACCUGCUCUAUUGUGGCCAGGCCCGGGGCUGGGCAGGAGGCUGGGGCUCUCCUUCUUGCCUCCCUCUAAUGACACCCGGUCCAGGAGCACCCCUCUGCCACCCCCACCCGAAGAGGCACAGCCCCUGCCAAGCCAGUCCCUCCACACAGAUCCUCUGUGGACUUUGACUCAUCUAUGGAGGGACCCCAGGGUAGGGCAGCCCCUUGUCCCUCCCCCCACUCCACUUAGGUCUGGAGCCCCACUGCCAGGCUGGGCCCAGCUUGCCCAGCCAAGGGGCUGCCCAGGCCCCCAGAAAACACUUGGAGCCAUUGGGCAGCGAUGGCCUAUGCCAUGGGACUCCCCCCUUGGUGCAGCCUCGCUGCCCCCAUUCUUACCCACCCCUCUUCACAUUGUCCUGUUCACGGGCUUCCAGGGCUCCACAGUCCCCAGGAAGACCACUUUUGACCUUCCUGGCCAAAGCCCCAAGCUUUUGGGGAAAAGCCAGUUCCCACUUGACAGAAGGUGUCUGUUCAUUCAUCUCACUGGCCAAGAACAAUCUCUCCUCUGGGAUGUGAGACGGACAUUUGUUCCCCCCACCCCAAAUUUUCAAGGCCUCCUUCUCAGUCCAUUGUGUGAGAACGAGGGAGUCGUGGAGCACGUGAGAGAGGAAGGUGUGUGUCCAGCUGUGCAUGAAUGUGCAUGGCAGAGACUGUACCAGCAAUUGUGUGUCCUGAGGUUAUACAUAUAGCCCUGUGAUUACAGUGUCUUGAGAUUUUGUGUGUGUGUUAGUCAUCAUCCCUGUGUCAGAGACCCAUGUAUGUUAGGCAGCCUUGUAUAUGUAUGCUUGUUUGAGGUGGUAUGUAUGAGUUGAGAUUGUGUCAUAUGUGCGAACUAACCAUCUCGUAUGUGUGUUACAGCUUGCAUGAGUUAGCUCAUGUCUGCAAUUGUUUUCAAAACUAGUGUAUACAUCAGGAGUGAUAAGAACGUGUUAACUGUUGUAAAAGUACGUGUUUGAGAGAGCUGUCAGAUAUGCUGAGACUAUUGUAUGCAUGUGUGUGGGCUCUGAAAAAGCAGUUGUGUGCUGGAUGUGUGCUUGGGGAAAAGGAAGAUAGGUAAGAUGGCUGCUCUUGGACCCAAAACCACUAGUCACGGGUGGCCACAUCCAACAGGAGACCUUGUCCUUGGCCUGGAGUCCUCCUGCCCUUGGGGGGUUCCUGCCUGAAGUCCUAGAAGUCCACUGAGACAGACCCAGGCAGUGCCCCAAGAAGCCAUGCUGGCCCCCACCAGGGCCUACCCCAAAAGCAGGGGCCAGGGAGGGGGCGACUUGCCUGCCCCAAAGCCCCUGCCCCAUUGGCCCCAGUUUGCAUUCUGCAGGUUUUCCAUUUUAGUGAAUUUAUGCUUUUAUUUCAGAGACAGACAUGUGUCUUCUCUGUCUGUUUCCAAUAGUUAAAGCCAUAUCAGUUAGACUGCAAUACUUUAAAGACAAGACAAAACAAUCCAUAUGUUUAGGGAACCAGAAAAGUCCCCUGGUCUGUCCCUUCUAUGGGGAGCAGGGCCUCAGCAGCUCCAGUUCCCUGGACUUGCCCUUCUCCCCUGCCCCUACCACCUCUGCUGUGCCCCUGUGUCCUGCCCCCCAGGGGCCCGUGUCUGUGCCUGUGUCUGUGAUGGGGAGCCACCUUGCACCCCUGUUGUCUGCUUGUCUAUUUGUGUCUGUUAUCCUGGGCAGGAUGGUCAUUCUCAGGGGCCCCAGGGGCCUGAGGCAGAAACAGACGGGGUCCAAUCUUGGGGCCCUAGACCUCCCCAACCCUGUGUAUAGCUUCCACCUAGACACAGGGAUGGGCCCCACGUGUUUAGAGAGGUCUCCCUCUUGACAAGGGCCCACAGACCUCAGAGGUGGUACCAAGGCACAGAGAAUAUGAGGUGGGCAGUGGAGACCAAGGCCCAGGGGCCUUCAGAUGCACAGGGGAACCUACUCACACAUGCAGGACAUCCCAGGCAGGCCCAAGGAGCACCAGACACUCAGAGGGUGUCUCUCACAGUCUUCACAGCCCCUCUGCACGCCCAGAGUGGGCUCAGGGCUUUUCCCAGAGGAGAGUGCCUUCCAGGCUGUCUGGCUUCAGGCUGGUGCACAUCCCAGACUCCUCCAGCCUGCUUCUGAGCUGCAGGACUAGCCAUCUUUCCAGAGGAGGAGACAGGGGAAGAAUUUCUGCUGAGGCAUACACUUCCAGGGGAUGACUCCUGGGUCCAGAGAAACAUGAUGACCAUCGUUCCUGACACAGACCUCACUGUGGAGAGAGGCUAACAUGUGACCAGAGAGGAUGUCAUGGGCAACACACUUGUGGGGGCACAAAAUAUUUGUGGGGCACUCUAGUUGGGAAUGGAUGGUCCCAUGAAGUACAUGGGGUGAGAGGGACGUGAGGCCCGCUGAUGGGAGGACGCAGAGUGUAUGUCACACCCAAAUGGGGCAGUGUGCAUGCGACACACUCAGGAGGCGGGGCAGGGAGGGAGUGACCCCACAAUUCACACGCACACACACAGCACACAAGGGAGGCAUCCCCUAGCUAGGAGAAAGGAAGGAGCGAUCAGCGCCCAUGAGUGAAAACAGAACAAGAGGCCAGGUUGCCAGGGAAGGCCUCCUCCUCUCUGUGUGCCUGGGAGCUGACCGCCGGAGAGCAGAGAAUGGGCUUCUCCAGGUCCCUUGUGCCGGGCACUGGUGAGGGCUAGGGUUUCCACACAGGUACAUCCUCCAAUCCAGGGCCAGAAGGUGUCCUUAACUACGAAGCAGUCUCCUCCAAAUGCAAGGUCAAGAGACCCUUCUGGCUGUGAGAGAGGGCGAGAGCCAGAGAGAGAGAAGGGGACAGAAUAACUCCAGCUCAAGUCCCUUUCAGAUGAGACAGCUGGUGAGCAAAACAGCCUCCCCACAGGCUCCUGGCUAGAGUAAAAGGGGGGCAAAGCAGCAGCCCCAGGAGCCCCUGAGCCCAGCUGGCAGGGCUGCCCACCACCACCACACCACUGCUCCAUCCAGCUGGGACAUGGGGACCAGCACAGGGGCUGGGGGUCAGACUGGCACUGAGGACGUGCCUCCCACAAACAGCCCCUGCUCUCCUCCCCACCCAAGUGUCCCCUAUCUUCAUGGAAAGAGAGUAAGAGGCACUCCUGCUGGCCCUUGGGGCGGUGGGGGCUGGGGGUCCCAGUGAGGCCUGGGCGAGGACGGCCAUCCUACCUGUGUGGGGGAGCCCCUUCCCCACCUCUGUGCUGUGUCCUUGUUGCUCUGCUUCCUUUAAAUGUGUCAGUGCCUGGGGGGAGGGGAGGGGCACCCCUUCACGCCCCCUGAACCUGACCAAAAGCCAUGGCUGUUGCUCCCCCUUUGUAUGAUGCAGAUGCUAAGAUGUACCAAACCAACCAUGACACAAAGAAAAGACCUUGUACAGUA